CUGUUUGCAUCACCGAUGCAUAAAGUUUUUUCCCCGCGAUCCUCUAAGCGCACCGCCAUUUUUUGUACCAAAAUCGUUGUUGCACCUACUGUAGCGUGGGUCCUUCCGUGUACUUUGAGUUUGUGCGGGCCCACGGAUCCGUGAUGGUACGUCGCGGAUGCGUAGAGCUAAUCUACGUACACGUAGCUUUGCUGCGACGUAGCCUCGAUAAAAGCUGCAGCUCCGAGACGAGAAGCAGGGAGAGAAGACUCUAGGAGAAAGAGGGGGCAUGGCGAGCGGGCGCGGUGGGGGUUCGACGAAAGCGGUGGCGGCGGAUGCGGCGGGCCGGAGGCUGGGGAUGCCGAUGGCGGAGAUGGAGCAGGUGUUCCGGCGUUACGACGCGAACGGCGACGGCAAGAUCUCGGCGGAGGAGCUCGCGUCCGUGCUGCGGGCGCUGGGCGCGCCGCCGGGACCCGGGGAGGUGCGGCGCAUGAUGGACGAGAUGGACGCCGACCGCGAUGGCUUCGUCGACCUCGCCGAGUUCGUCGCCUUCCACUGCGGCGGCGGCGACGGGGACGCCGGCUCCGGGGAGCAGGAGGCCGCGACGGAGGCGGAGCUCAGGGAAGCGUUCCGGAUGUAUGACGCCGACCGGAACGGGCUGAUAUCGGCCUGGGAGCUCCACCGCGUGCUGCGCCAGCUCGGUGACAAGUGCUCCGUCUCCGACUGCUCGCGGAUGAUCCGCUCCGUCGAUGGCGACGGGGACGGCAGUGUCAACUUCGACGAGUUCAAGAAGAUGAUGGGCUCCGGAGGCGGGCGCUAGGGUGGCGAGGGUCCAGGGCAACCCAAACAAGUUGCUGGCUCCAUAACUCCCAAGGUUUAACUAGUUCUUGCGCUGUUUGCUUAGUUAAUUAAGCUUAAUUAGUUUAUAAGGUUAAGUGAUUAAUCUGCAGUAACUAAGCAAGCACGAUUUUAGAGGCCCUCUGAUUUGA